AGUGUCCCAUCCUAGGGUGAUGGCAUUUAGCUCUUGGCAGCGGUCGCACCCUUUGGAUGCCAGGUGUCCAGGCUGAACCAGCGUCCCGAGCUAGGGGCCCAUGGGCUGCUGUGAAAGAGAAGAGACGUGGGGGAGAGCACUGAUGUGCUGAGUUUGGAUGACAAAAGGAUUUUUGAAUAUAAAUCAUGGGAGAGAAAUUGGGCGAAAAAGGAGUGAUCUUCCUCUAAUUCUUGUACAUUUGCUGCCAAGAAGAGAAGCAAUGAAUUCCUCAUUUCAUCUGUAUUUCUUGGAUUUCAACCUGAAUGCCACAGAGGGCAACCUUUCAGAACCAAAUGUCAAGAACAAGUCGUCUCCAUGUGAAGAAAUGGGCAUCGCUGUGGAGGUGUUUCUGACUCUGGGUCUCAUCAGCCUCUUGGAGAACAUCUUGGUCAUAAGUGCCAUAGUAAAGAACAAGAAUUUACACUCUCCAAUGUAUUUCUUUGUGUGCAGUUUAGCAGUAGCUGACAUGCUGGUGAGCAUGUCCAAUGUCUGGGAGACUAUUACCAUUUACUUAAUAAAUAAUAAGCACCUGGUGAUGGCAGAUGCCUUUGUGCAUCACAUUGACAAUGUGUUUGACUCCAUGAUUUGCAUUUCCGUGGUGGCUUCCAUGUGCAGUUUGCUGGCCAUUGCCGUGGAUAGGUAUGUCACCGUCUUCUAUGCCCUACGCUACCAUCACAUCAUGACAGUGAAGCGUUCUGGGGUGAUUAUUGCAUGCAUCUGGACCUUCUGCACAGGCUGUGGCAUUGUUUUCAUCAUUUACUACGAAUCCACUUAUGUCAUCAUUUGCCUCAUCUCCAUGUUCUUUACUAUGUUGUUCCUCAUGGUGUCUCUGUAUAUACACAUGUUCCUCUUGGCACAGACUCAUGUCAAGCGGAUAGCAGCUCUGCCUGGAUACAGUUCUGUGUGGCAAAGGACCAGCAUGAAAGGUGCCAUCACCGUGACCAUGCUGUUGGGCAUUUUCAUUGUUUGCUGGGCUCCAUUCUUCCUCCACCUCAUUUUGAUGAUCUCUUGCCCUCAGAACCUCUACUGUUCUUGUUUUAUGUCUCACUUCAAUAUGUACCUCAUACUCAUCAUGUGUAAUUCUGUGAUUGAUCCUCUGAUAUAUGCCUUCCGCAGCCAAGAGAUGCGGAAGACCUUUAAAGAGAUUAUUUGUUGCCAUAGCUUCAGAAUACCCUGUAAGUUCCCUAGCAGGUAUUAAACUAAAGUAUUCUCUGCAGUUUUCUUUUCUCCUUCCUUUACUUUAUGAUGAAGUCAGUACAGCCAAAGGGUAAACAAGAUAAGUCAAAAUAAAAAACUGUGCAUUACCUUUAUCUUUUUUUCCAUCUCGAAUUUGUACUGAUGAUGCAUUCUUUCUUUCCAUUUUUUUUUUUCCCUGUGGUGGUUGUUGGGUCAGACAUGCACAUGCCACUUAUCCAUUUUGGGAAUGAUCUGUGACAAUUUCUUAUUAUUCUGUUUUCUUCUUACUUUUUCUACUGCUCCCACCCAUUUCUGGGGCCCCCAUCCAUCUUCCAUCUAGUAAGCGUGUGCUCAGGGAAGGUAAAAUAUCCUGGGUACAGGCAUAAGCAUAAUGAA